CAUGCUAAAUUUGUUGUUUUUCAUAGUAGUAGUAAUUGGCAAUUGUUUUGCCGAUGAUAAUGAUUACACUAGUAAUAAAUCCGAUGAAAAUUUACGUAAAUUUCGCAAACAGUUUUGCGUACCCAAGCGUACUGACAAUGAAAUUGUUAAGAAAAUUAUCGAUUGCGAGAACAAAGCCAUGAAUGGGUCGACCAAUGAUUUUAAACUAUUGAAAGUUAAACUAGACAAAAUAGGUGAACAGUGUGGCCAGGGUUUGGAUACGGAAAUAGCUGCCUAUAGUAAAGUUGAUCUGAAAAAUGAUCAAGCUAAACAACUACUAUUGGCUGAAUGUUCACCGAAACAUGAAACGUGUUAUAAUAAUGAAUUAAAUAAUAAUAAAUUACUAGUAGAAGAUUUACGGAAAAUUUCCAAUGAAUAUUAUGCUGCAUUUAAAUGCUAUGUGGAUUGUGCAUUGAAAGUUGUUAAUGUUUGA